UGGAUGAGGCGCAGUUUCCUCUCGCAUCCUUGGAUACCUCCGAGCAGGCAGACACAUCUGCUGCAUUAGCGUGGUCCUGCAGGAAGUCCCGGUUCUGUUCCUCGGUGAUGGAAAACACCCGCUGCUUUGCCAACCGCUUCUCCGACUACAAAGGCGCGCUGCUCCCGGACCAGGGCGCGCAGGCCAUCGUGCCCAUCAUCGUCUCCACCGUCGACAAAGUCCUGAAAAAGGUUCCCAUCGACAUCAACGACUGCGACGGAGGGCUGUACGAUGGCCCGGCCGGGGUGGCUUACAUGCUGUAUCACGUCAGCGAGUGUCCGCGGUUCUCCGAGCACCGGGACGCCUACCUGAAGACGGCCAAGCAGAUAAUCGACGUAUCGGUCCGAUAUGUGGACGCAGAGCCGGACAAGAACAUGCGAGCCGCCUUCCUGCUCGGAGGGGCGGGCAUCUACGCGGUGGCCGCUCUCAUAUAUAAAUCCCUGGGCUUGGCUGAUUUCGUUAAGCCGCUGACCAAAUUUCGCAACCUGUGGGAGGUGUGUGCGCCCAUCCAUUUCCGGGAGUGCGGCUCGGAUGAGCUGUUUGUGGGGCGGGCUGGGUACCUGUGUGCCGCCCUGGUCCUCAAGCAGAAGCUGUGCAUAGAGAUUCUGAGCAAAGAUCAAAUCAAAUCCAUUUGUCAAGCCAUCAUCGAGUCAGGAAGACAGUACGCCAGGAGGAAGAGAAAGCCUUUCCCCCUCAUGUACUCGUACUACGGAACAGAGUAUCUUGGUGCAGCCCACGGCCUCUCCUCAGUGUUGCAGAUGCUGCUGAGCUACCAGGACAUGCUCAGUGGGGCAGAGAAGGACCUGGUGUGGCAGAGCGUCGAUUUCCUCAUGAAUCAGGAGCAGAACUGUAACUGGCCUGCAGAGCUGGGCGCCAUGAUCGAGAGGGAGAACGAACUGGUGCACUGGUGCCACGGAGCCCCGGGUGUGGCGUAUCUAUUUGCUAAAGCCUACCUGAUCAAUAAGAAGCCCCAGUAUCUGGACACGUGUAUCCGCAGUGGGGAGCUCGUGUGGCAGAAAGGGCUGCUGAAGAAGGGACCUGGGAUUUGUCACGGAGUUGCAGGAAGCGCUUACGUCUUCCUCCUGCUUUAUCGGCUCACAGGCAACUCGAAAUACAUUUACCGUGCUCAGAGGUUUGCAGAGUUCCUCUUCACUGAGGAGUUUAAGAUGGGCUCCCACUCAGUGACCAGUGUCUGCAGCCUGUUUGAAGGCCUGUCGGGGACUAUUUGUUUCCUCGUCGACCUCCUGCAGCCAGACCAGUCAGAGUUCCCUCUGUUUAGUGUCUUUGUGUGAAUUGACACCGGUUUACUGCUGUUCACUAACCUGAACAAACAUCAUCCCUUCCCUCUGAAAUCCCUCAAGAACUGGAUUGAUAGAAGCCACUGAGAAUGUGGGUUUAAAACUGUGAGCUGAGCGGGAGUGCGGGGAGGGAUGGUAUUUGUUUGGGAUUUAGAAAAUCAUAUUUGAGUACAGUUGGAGUAGAAAAAUGGUCAAGAUUUGUGUCUAUGCUAAAGUGGAUGUUCAGCUUCUACGCUUUACACGAUUCAUUCCACUUACUGUAACAUUGUCCAUUUCAAUUUACACUGUAGUUAAUACACUAAAGCAGAGGUUUUCAAACUGUGAGGUGUGCCUCCCCUUGUGGCGUGGGAGGGUUGGAGGUAGUGACGUGAGCCAAAGAUACUGCGUGAAGUGAAUUUGAGUCAAACUCUUUCUCUGGGUCAUAACUCACUGUCAGAUUUUGGAAACGCCUGCACUAAUGUAUUGGCAGUUUUGAAACGUGGUACUGCUGGUAGGCUUCCUUUAUUGAAAUUGCAGCGUAGACUAUAUAACAAAGAUGUUGCUCUCAGGUCAGACAGACACAUGCACAUAUUGUACUGACAGCUAAAACAAAUGGCAAUCACACCCAAGUCACAAAAAAGAAAAACAGAAAACAUUAAAACAAGUGUCACAUAAUGCCUUUAAAAUUUUUCUACCACUCCACCAGCUGAGCGUCACGUAUCGCAGACCUUUGAGUUUAUGUCUUUAGGGAAUGUUAUCUCAAAUUACUGCUGCCACAACCUUUAAUGAUUAAUAUAAGGAGGGAUUUUGAAACUGAACUUGCAAAUGAUCAAAGCUGGGUAGAGAGGUACAACCAACAGAUGCUUAGAGAAAUAACUGUAGAUUAUUAUUAUUGUUUGCUCUGUGCAAUGUGUGUGAAACGAGGUGAGUGACAGCUGUUUGUAUUUGAUGUUUCAAACUGUGUCAGCAACCGUAUGGGAUAUUUGAAAUGUUCAGUACGUUGUGAUGUCUAACCCGUGUAGUAUGUUAGAUUGUAGGUUUGUGAUGGAGACCAAGAACAAGUGAAACAUUCCAGUGUGAGAAUUUAAUUUUCUUUCCAAUGCCAUCUGUUCAAGAUGAUACUCAGUUAUGUAAAUUAACAGUUGACAGAGAAUUUCUUUACAUUAAGUGAUAAUGAGGCCUUAAAAAUACAUUUCUAGCAUUUGGAUAUGAUCACAUCUCUCAGAGUAAAACAGAUUGAGAGGAAGAAGAAACUGAAAAUGCUUUAAGAGUUUUGUGACUGAAGUUGGUAAAACAAAAAAAAAAAGGGUGAAUAGUAGCAGUUUCCCAGUGCUAACUGUGCCUGUUGUGGAACAUUUAUAAGCUGUGUUUAUGUCUGUGUGUUGUUUUUGCAAUUGCAAUCAUGGCUGUCCACAACAAAGUCUGCGGGAUUAUUGUUAUUAAUAAAGUGUCCUGAUGAAAAAAGUUUGUUUUCUGAAAAUGAAACACCCUCAGCUGACUCCACACAUAGUGACAAAUGAACCUCUGACAACACUUCCAGA